GAUCAAAAGUCAUAAUAAACCAAAACAAAAGAAAGAUUAUCUCUGUCGGUAUUAUUUUGUUUCUGGUCUGUCUGUGAUAUAUUUUUUUAUCAGAUUCAAUUAUGCGUGGCUAAGUAUAGUUCGCGUUAUAUUUUUCUAAAAUCCAAUUUAUUGCGAUACUCCCGAUAAGCAAGUAGUGCAUCUGUAAAGACGGUUUGGUUAUGGCUCCAGCAAAGUUGAAUUACCGUAUUUCGGUUUCGACUUUUUUCGCUAAAUCUCACCCAAGUGAUGAGUGCUGUGGAAGCAACGGACUUCCCCUAACGCCUAACUCUAUCGGAAUACUUGGCCGAGCACAGGUCCUGAAAGGCGAUUCACUCAAGCAUGAGAAUCUUUGUGAGUAUUUGGAUGUAGUUCGUGGCAAGCACGAGAGAACGAUAAUCGUACAGGAAUAUGCAGGAAGUCCACUAACGGAGACAUUUAUUGGUGAGAACUAUAAGCAUGAGAUGGUUAUGCGGAUAGCUUUUCAGGUGCUCCGAGCGCUAAGUCAUCUGAACGGAAAAGGUUUACUCUGUCGGAAUUUAGAACCUAGCAAUAUCCUCGUCAACAGAGACUUCAGUGUUAAGUUGUAUAACUAUGGGAUGUACCAUAUGACGGAUGGAGGAAAGUAUACGUCGUUCCCCAUUGGAAAUGUUAAAUAUCAUGCACCAGAAGUUUUGUUAGGUUCUAAGCAAAACAUAAAGAGCGAUGUUUGGAGUCUUGGAAUAAUUCUGGCUGAAUUGGCCCUUGGUGGUACAUUAUGGGAAACUCUGAAGUUGUCCCAAAUUGUUCGAAAAAUACUUAGCCUUACAACUGCUUCAAAUGUACUCGAGAAACUCGCCCGAGAAGAGCAAAAACUAGAAUUGCUCCUUGCGCUCGAUCCGGCUCUUAAGCGUAUCAUCGAAGAAUGUUUGAUUGUUUCGGUUAGAAGACGACCGCAGGCUCAGCAACUGUUGGAAGAUGAGGCUUUCGAUUUUCUACGAGAAGAAACUUUUGGUUUCCUCGAUCCAGCCGGUUUAACUUUAUUGGAAAGACAUUGUGGUAGUUUGGCUGAAAUCUACAAUCUUUGGCAAUUAGCCGGCGGAGAUGUGCAACAGGAAUUGAAGAAAGAAGGAUUAAUCAAAAGCGAAGCACCUAUUCUAUCAUUACCGAAUUUAGUACUUCUGAAUGGAAAGUCGAUCUCUCCACCGAAGAGCCAAAGUUUUCUGCACGACAGCCGCCUAAUUUUUCUCAAUUUUAACAUUUUGCUUGAGCGUUUAUCUAAAAUUCCAGAGGAAGAUUACCUUCCGCUAAUUUAUACCACUAACGCAUAUUUAGAAUCUCCCGUUUUUAAAACUGAUUUACCACUGGUGAUACGGGAACGUGAUACCGUGUAUCAAUUUCACCGCAUAGUACUGCUUAAGACGCUGCUGCAUGGAUACCCCUAUACUCACGAUCUACUCAAAAGUUUUGCUAGCAAAGAUAUUCCUCCACCGUUUCGAGGUCAAGUUUGGGCCUGCUUGCUGGGUGUGUUAGAAAAUGGCUUAUACGAGAAACUUGAUAAGUGUAGCCCGACUCAUACCGAUAGGCAAAUCGAAGUGGACAUUCCUCGUUGUCAUCAGUAUAAUGAGCUCCUGUCGUCACAGGAAGGACACAAUAAGUUGAAGCGCCUGCUGAAGGCUUGGGUAAGCGCUCAUCCUCAGUACGUCUACUGGCAAGGACUGGACUCCUUGACGGCACCUUUUCUAUACCUUAAUUUCAACAAUGAAGAACGAGCGUUUCUGAGUCUCUACAAAUUCAUACCCAAAUAUUUGCAUUUGUUCUUCCUGAAGGACAACUCCGCAAUUAUCAAGGAGUAUUUGGUUAAAUUCUUCCAGCUUAUAUUUUUCCACGAGCCAGUCCUGGCCAAACACCUGCAUGGAAUCAAUUUUAUACCAGAGCUCUACGCUAUUCCUUGGUUUCUAACAAUGUUUAGCCACGUGUUUCCACUACAUAAAAUAUUCCAUCUGUGGGACAAGCUGAUUCUGGGAGACAAUUCCUACCCCCUUUUUAUUGGUAUAGCAAUUCUGAAACAGCUGAAGAUCACGCUACUCACCUCGGGUUUCAACGAGUGCAUUUUGUUGUUUAGUGACUUGCCUGAUAUCGUAAUGGAGACAUGCGUCAACGACUCGGAAACCAUGUACCAAUUCACGCCUAAGAGCGUAACCUAUCGUAAAUAUGCGAUGCAUGAAGAGGAACCAGGAGAAUUUGACCUCAAAUACACCGACGAUGAUCACAAAGAGGUGCAGAACGAGCUUUACCCUCGCAUUAGCGUUUACGAUCUGAUACGACUGCUACGCGAUCGACCGGCUUGUGUCGCUAUCUUGGAUCUACGAUGCAACCUAGAACACCGAAAGGUGGCUAUCGAGAACAGUAUAAACGUUCCGUUCAGUUCCGUUUCACUUAAGGAAACUCGCUUAGAUAUUCUGAACGUACCAAAGUUGGAUGCAUAUCUGCGCAAAAAGAUCACCGUCAUUGUGAGUACAUCACACGAAAGUGCAAUGCUCUUUGCCAAGUUCUUAGUUGACUGCCACGUUCCGUAUGUAUGCAUUUUGCACCGCGGGUUCGAAGCUGUUUAUCGAACUGAUGAUAAGUUGAUCCUUCAGACGUUUGACUAUAUUAAUACUUUAGCGAAGAGUGUAUCGAAUAUUUCCAGCACUGUUGAUGCCUAAUUUAUUUGUACGUUUUGUUAUAAUUAUCUUAAUGUACAGUAUUUAUAUGAAAAUGUUUUCAUUUGUGGAAUCUGAAAAUGUAAAAUGUAUAGAUUUUUAUAUUUAUAGAACGUGUGAGGUACUGUGCAAAGCACACUUCAAGCUGAGAGAUUAAUUCAAAUGCAUGCAUAUUAAGUUAAGGAACAAAAUCAUGAAUUUUGAAAAUUUUCUAGAGAAACCAGCAUUUGCAUAUUAUGUUCAAAAAGAGCAAAUUUCUACUGCAAAUAUUGAUUUUCGUACUAGUUUUGCAUGUUUUUGAAGAAAAGUUCAUGAAAAGUGAAAUUCUAAUCAGCUAGCAUAUUCUAUUAUAUUGUAUACAGAAAAUAUAAAAAAACU